AUGAUGGAGGGCAUUGACGAUAGCAGCAUCCAGCUUUUCAAAAACUCGGAAAUUGAAAAACAUACAGAAUUGCAGCCAAUGGCCGAUAAUGGCCUCUUGAGAUCAGAAAAUCUGAAAUUCCAUAGUGACAGUGGUAGCGAGCAGUCAUCCGACUACUCAGAAGGAGCAUCCUCUUGUGGUGAGGAUGAUGAGCUUGAAGAGGAAAACCGCGAUUCAAAACAACAGCCAUUGACCGGUACUGAUGAGAAGGCAGCUGAAAAAGCAGAAAACACAAGCGUCUCUUAUGAAGAUGACAGCUUUAGCAAAGAAACUGAAAGCUCCUCCGCCGAAAGGGGGCGUCCUUCAGCUUGUGUGUUUGUGGCCAGUUUAUCGUCCAACUUGUCGGAUGACAUCCUUUGCCAAUCAGUUAGCAACCAUUUCAAGCAGUGGGGUACCAUUUCGUUAGUUAAAGUGUUGAGAGAUCCUGCAAACAGACCAUAUGCUUUUGUUCAAUAUACCAAGGAAGAGGACGCGAAACGCGCAAUUGUAGAAGGCCAGCAUUCUCUUUUGAAUGGGAGGACUAUAAGAUGUGAAAAAGCUCGUGUCAACCGUACUCUUUACAUUGAGACCACAAAUAAGGCGCUGCCAGAAUCUUCAAUCAGGUCCUUUUUAGAAAAGUACGGAGAGAUUGAAAAACUGGUCUCUGUGGAUGAGAAAUCAAAUCUCGUUGAUCUACAUACUGGAUCGCACUCUUACUGGUUUUGCAAGUUUGUGUACCGUCAGGAUGCAAUUAGUGCCUACGCAAACCUGAAAGUUAAACCAUUUUGGAAUGUUGAAUGGGCGCAAAACCUUGAAGACGAUUCAAGUGACACUCCUGAAGUGACAAUUGACAAAUAUUCGAUUUUUGUUGGGCAGCUUGAUCCAAGAAUUAACAGAGAUGAGCUGAUUGAAAGGUUUGAACAACAUGGCAAAAUCAAAGAGGCCAUCUUGGUGAAUAGGCCAUUGAAUAACUUUGCCUUUGUUAAAUUUGAGACUAGGAAAGCUGCUGCGUCCGCAGUUGAGAGAGAAAACCAUUCGAUGUUCAAGUUCAAGACGAUUCAUGUACAAUAUCGUGAGAUGUACAACAAUUACAAAAACAAAUAUUCAAACGAAAGCGGACCAAAAUUGAAUUUGGCUCCUCCACCUGUGAGUUUCAGAAGAAGACAUUCUUACAAUUCGAACAGCAGCAGCAGCAACAACAACACUAGUCAUAACUUCUCUGGGAGUAAGCCUAAAAAAGCUCCCAAUUUUUACCGGCCGCGAUUUGGUAGUUUCAGUGGUUUUCCCGAACAAGAAAUGCAACCAUUUUCCUCGUUCAAGAGAAAUAAUAUCUCUAACCCUCCGCCACUAAGGAGAUUUUCAUUUGGAGACCACGUUUCGCCGGCAGGUUCAUCAGGAAAGGUUUACAAGAAUAACUUCGACUUUGUUGGUGCUGGCGCAGGUAGCAAGAAUGCCAACGAUGCCAGUAAGAACACCAAGGCAUCUGGCACUCAAGCAGAAGAUCCAGAUGCCAUCCUUAGCGACGAGGAAAGGCUAUCAAACAACGGGAUGACAAGAAUUGAGGAGAAUGACGAUGCUACUGUGGGACGCAAUACCCAUACAGCCUAUUCAUCAACUACCAACGGAGCUUCCAAAACGACUUAUUCGUACACAUCCGUCGAUGUGGACGAGUAUUCCCCCAAAUUCCCUCCCGUGCAUCCAAUGGUUGAUUCCAAAAUGAUCUCCAAGAUGGGAAGUGCUGGGGGACCUAACUAUUAUCAAUCGCCAGCUCCCUAUUACUACCUUGUACCAACGAAGGAUAUUGGUGGCUACAUGGGCAAUGCAGUGUCAUCAGGGGUCCACAAUCCGGCAAUGAUGGGAGUUCCUGGAAAUGGUGCUGCAGUGCAGGGAGUUGGAGGACCUCCAACGACCGGGUAUUACUACACCUAUGCGCCAUAUGAUCCUAAUGCCAGUCCUUCUCUUUAUCCAUGCUACAUGUAUUAUAAUCCAAACCCGGCCCCUGGCACGCCGACAGAACAAAGCCAGGGAUACCUUUCGGAAUCAUACGAACAGAAGUUUUAG